AUGGUCCGGAUAAUCGUCGGGUUCUUGGGCUUGAGUGUUAUCGCGGUGUCUUUGAGAAUAUCGUAUUAUUCCCAGCAUCUAGUCAUGUCCACGGAAGAAGGGAAAGGGUCCCCUUCCAAGACAUUGGUCGUUGCGACUGUCGAGAAAGAUGAUAUUUCCUGGCUACACAAACAUCUUCCCGAAUGGGACGUCUCGCGAUAUGUGGUGGAUGAUGCUUCGGCGAGUCUCACAGUGCCAAAAAAUAAAGGCCAGGAAGCUAUGACAUACUUGACAUACAUGAUUGAUUCUUACGACAACUUCCCGGAUUUGAUACUUUUUAUGCACAAUGGGAGAUACCAGUGGCAUAAUGACGAUCCGCUUUACGAUGCCGUACCCGUGCUUCAGAAUUUGCAGCUGCCCUAUCUGAUCUCUCAACAAUACACCAAUCUCCGCUGUGUAUGGACCCUAGGCUGCCCGGCUGAGCUGAACUUCGACAAAACCCCCGCAAACGUAGACGCCUCUAAAACAGCUGAGAUAGCCUAUCCCGAAGCUUUCCAGGAGCUAUUCCCUGGACAGUCAGUUCCUCCAACUGUUGGUGUUGCCUGCUGCGCUCAAUUCGUAGUGACACGGGAGAAAAUCCGUGAACGGCCCGUUGAAGACUAUAAACGCUACAGACAGUGGCUCUUGGACACGCCCCUUGAUGAUUAUGUCAGUGGGCGAAUACUAGAAUAUUCGUGGCACAUAAUAUUCGGCAAGCCACCAGUUCAUUGCCCCAAUACGAAAGAAUGUUACUGUAGAGUUUUCGGCCAGUGUGAUUUGGAGUGCAAGGAGGGCGAAUGUGGACAGCACUGGCCAUUCCCGCCUUACUCGAGUUUGCCGGCUGGGUGGCCGACGGUGGGAUGGGAUGGAGAGGUGAGGAGCGAAGAGGUUCUUGCGGGCUUAAGGGAAAACGCAACGACAACUUCUCCAACAGCAGAAAUCUGGUCUAAAGGCCCGGUGCUAACUUGA